AUGAACCCAGAACUGCCCAAGGCGGACUUCCACUUCACCAUCGAGGGGAACAUCGGCUGCGGCAAGUCGACGAUCGUCGAGAUCCUGCGCCAGAAGAUGCCCGAGGCGCGCUGGAUCGAAGAGCCCGUCAACGACUGGCAGAACCUGAGCGGCAAGAAGAUCAACAUGCUCGAGAAGUACUACAUGGAGCCCAAACGCUGGGGAUUCACCUUCCAAAUCUACGCCAUCUUCACCCGCGUCCAAAAACUCAGAGAAGCCAGCCAACGCCACCCCGAAAAGGUCAAGAUCUCAGAGAGGAGCGUCCUCGCCGAUAAGUACGUCUUCUCGGAGCUGAUGAAGGACCUCGGAUACAUGAACGAGGCCGAACACGAGGUCUUCAAGUCCCUCUACAAAAGCUUCGAAACCAUGGCCGAGGUCGAGAAGACCAAGAUCAUCUACCUGAAAUGCACGCCCGAGAAGUGCCACCAGAGGACCAAGAGUCGCAUGCGGCCCGAGGAGACUGAGAUCUCGCUGGACUACCUGAAGCUCAUCCACGAGAAGCACGAGAAGUGGUUCAAGUCAUACGCCCAGGAGAAGGUGCUCGUGAUCGAUACCACCGAGGACUUCAAGGAGAGUCCCGAAAGGAUCGCCGAUUUUUUGGAGAAGAUCAAGAGAUUCAUGGAAUGA